ACGAUCAGGUCGUGCAUCGCGCACCACAACGAGUGGUUUGAACAUUUUUUUUGUGUGUGCUUCUUUGCCUUGUCUGUGGGCACCGGUGAGACUUUGUGCGCGCUGUAAAAACUUUGUGCGCAGCAUUUGUUGUGUGUUUCUUGUUAUUGUUGUAUUAUUUUACUCACUUACUAAAGCUGUCAAUUACAACGAGCGCUUUCGUGUAUUUACAUAGUUUGUUUGUAAAAACAUUGUUUUUUUUUUGUAUAUACAAAACGGUUUUCUUCGCGUUUCGCUGCACAUUGUAAACGCUUUGGAGCGCCAGCGCCAGUGUCCGCCUUUUAAAGACACCUCAAACGCUCGCACGGACGUAUACGCAUGCGUAUUUGCAUUUGUUUUUCCGCUUGAGUGCCGUUGCGUCUAAUAGCUAAAACCGACAAACGUUGCAGGCGUAGAGCAAAAAGGUUACCGUUAAAUCAAGCAACCAAACUCCCGCAAUAGCGAUGACAAUCAACAGCAACUACAACAAAAACAAAGUGGACUUGUGAAAAUCUCAAAAACGUUUUAAACGCGUGUAUUCGGUGUUACUUCUUGUUGUUGUUGUUUUUUAUGGAACAGCUGCAAUUAGAAAAUCAUUAACUGGAAUUAAAUUGCAACAGCGGUGACUAGCGGAAGCGUAUUGUUGUUGUCUGAUACGCGUUCGUGGUCUUUUACUCUUUCGCAAUUCUGGUACAGUGCCUUACUGUGUCUUCAUAAUUGUGUUGUUAUUGCCAUUGUUGUAUCUAAUUGAAGGUGCGGGUAUCCUUGAAGUGCGCGCAAGUGACAAGUGAAGUCAAGCAAAGAAAUAUAAUAAAUACUUCUACAUAAAUCCACCGGAAAUUAUCACGAUAGUUAAACGAAUCGAUUAUAUAGUUUUAAUUACCUGUAAAAACCGUUUAAUCGCCUGUGAAAAUCACUACUGCCAAACAUUUUUGGACAAGGACGUCAUUUAAAACUUAACAGAAAUUGGUUAACCUUUAGUGGAUAUUGCAACGGCAGCAUUAUGUUGGGGCUUCAAAGAUUAACUUGGAUUUAUAUCGGUGCAAUACUCUUGGCGACGGCGGCUUGCAUUCUGGGACAAGCGCAGCUGGACUAUCGCAAGCCAUGGCCGACGUACAGCCUGCAAAACAUGCCGCAGACGCGCUUCACAUGCCACGACAAGAUACUCGGCGGCUACUAUGCAGAUGCGGAGACUCAAUGUCAGAUGUUCCACGUCUGCGUCAAAGUGUCCGGUGUGGGGGUGCAGGACUUCCGUUUCUUGUGUCCCAAUGGCACCGCCUUCGAUCAGGAAGCGCAAAUAUGCGCUGAUUGGGGUGACGUCGACUGCGAGUCAUCCGUGCUCUAUUAUGGCAGUGACAACUUUGAUCUGUAUCGUCUGGGUUCAGGUUUUGAAAGUAAACGCGCACCUUUGGCUGAAGAAGAGGAGGCAACGUUCCAUUUGCAGCGUGCCGAGAGCAGCGAUAUACGCCGCUCCAAAGAGACGCGUGUUGAUCAAAAGUCACGCCCUGACCAACCGCCGAACUAUUCGAAACACUUCGGCGCAACACCGCAACGCAACUCUUUCCAUAAUUACGCAAAUCCAAGUACGCAAAACAACAACAACAACAACAACAAUGACAACGAUGAUUAUGCACCAACAAAAGCACGAAGAAUCGAGACGACACCGGCGCGUAGACCCAUUGUUAAUUAUUAUACGCCAACAACUUCCACAACCACCAGCUCCUCAACAACUACAACAACGACCACUGAACGCAAUUUCGACGACUCAAAACAAGAGUACGAUGAUAUCUUCAAAGGUUCGCAUAGUUCGCAUUUCUUCGCGAAUCGCAACGGCGGACGCGAGGACGAUUUUAUUGAUCACCCGGUGAAGGCGAAGUUCAACGACGUUAAUGACUACAGCAAGAAGACUACAGAAAGCGCCACCACUGGCAAAACACGCGCUCAGCCAACGCGCCCGAAGCGUAUUCAGCAAACCAGCACAACGACGACAACAACUACUACUGCUACUUCCACAUCACUUGCCACAAAUGCACCGAAAGUCAUAAAGAAGGUCACACUGCAGUCUUAUUACAACGUCAGUGGUUUCGAUUAUACCCAGCCGAAGUCCACUACUCCGUCGACUACCACUAUAUCUGCUACUUCGACUACACGUCCGAGUUACAGUGCUGCAAAUCGUUUCAGUUUCAAUUCAAAUGACUAUCAGACACAAGAAAAAAUCGAGCCAACGACCUAUAACCCGACGAGCGGUGUUUAUCGUAUUAAAAGCACAACACCGAAGUAUACCGAGUUCACAAGAGAGAGUACUGUUAGCGCGAGAGGAAGAAGUACGAGCACGAGCGGCAAUUCGUAUUUGCCCAAAGAGACGACGCAAAGUCAAAGUAAGCCGACCGCUGCGGCACGCAAAGCGCAAAAAUUAGAACGGACACAACAAAAGCUGGCCAUCGCGAAUGAGUUCGAUGAUUUCUCGAAAAUAAAGUUACAACCACCGCAACCGUUCCAGCCUGCACCAAAUACACUGUCAACGCAAUCGGCACAAUCAACGCAAUCAACGCAACCAUCUCAACGUCCCACUACAGCGAAUCAGUACCAAGAACCGCAGUACUUCCGUUCGCGUGGCGCAAAAGGUGAAAAGUCGCAACGCAAUCAGGGCAAUCAAGAACCAACUCCGUUUAGUGGCUCUCCGAAACAGCGCGGUACUCCCACAACUGCCGUCGUUAGUACGGCAAGAUCCUCGGUUAAUCCGGAGUCGCGUCCACGUGGUUUUGCCAGUCGCGGUAGCAUUAACUACAAAGCCACCACACAACGCGAGACGGACUAUUAUGCGCCUACGACAAGCACCACCAAGAAAUUCUCUACACUUGUGCCGAAAACACAGCAAUCGUUGACGCCGACAACAUUCAAACCAACAACUUACCAGAAACCACUGGAUACUUUCGUCUAUCAGACACAACAAACUAUACGUCCGUCAAGUAAGGCGACCAAACAACCGAGUAGUGCAAUUAACACUUUAACACCUACCACCGCUAAUCCAUACUAUGAUCCCGAUGAGGAUGACGGCCAAUACCAUCCGGAGUUGUAUGAGGUGGAUUUCCCACGCAAUCGUUUCAAUCUGCAACGCUCGUCCACAACAAAAUCGCCAACUACAACAACAUCAACCACACGUUCUUCUAACUACAACAAUGAUUUCCAGAAUCCGCAGAAACACCUGAAAACCCAACAACAAACCGCAUUCCGCAAACAACAAGAGCAAGCGGAGCCAACCGAUUUGAGCGAUGAAGAUGAACUCUUUAAAACCGCGCAUUCCUUGAAUUUCGGCGCUGCCAGCAUCAAUAAAUUGCGCGCAGACAUUUUCAAAGCCGAGAAGAACUCACAGCAAUAUAAUUCACAAUACAGUCCGAAGCUUGACCCGUCCACGACGAGAUCAACUAGCUCGUCAGCGGUCUACACAACAACCACACCCAGCACAACCUAUAAUUACUUCGCGUACUCCACAACUCAGCCGACAACUAAGUUGUAUACCACCAGCACCACAAACGCACCGCCAACGACGACAUCCACCACAACUACAACGAGACGUCCAACCACCUAUAUUACCACACCAUACAGUGUGCCAGUCUCGACCACCAAGGUCACCAAGGCGCCGAAAAGCAGCAAAUCACCAGGGAAAAAGGGCAAGAAAGGCAAGGGCGCCUCCAAGCGUCCACCACAUGCCGAUGAGGAUACCAGUUACGACUAUGCCUACUAUGACACCGACACAUUAAGCGAGUCCCCGCAGGAAUAUCCAGACUACGAGAUUGCUGAGUUCGUGAAAACGCGCAGGAACUAAGGAGGAUAGCUGAGGCAAUUCACACAAACACCCAUACUUCACAGUCGCGCCAUUAUUUACAGUUACA